GUUGAACUUCCCUCUCCCUCUCCGUCUCCGUCUCAGCCGUGACAAUCCUUUCAUUCUCCUGUAAACUGUAAAGAACACCGAAGGGGAAACUGGGGAGUGGAGGAACCUACCGAGGGUUUGGGCUUGUACCAGAACCCAGCUCAGGGUUUUACAGAGCUCCAUCGAUAAAAUUCUUUGCUUCAAGAAAGAGGGAAGAAGGUACUAAAGCGGGUAAAGUGAAAGGGGUUGUGGGUUGUGGAAAGAGGAAGCAGGAAGUAAAUGGCGGUCAGCAGCAACGAGAGAAAGCCCUUUGGAGACGGGAUUCGAUGGGAGAAUCCCUUUACUUUCAAAGUGGGUCAGGUGUUCACUGGCUUUGGCAUCGGUUGCGGGGUUGGUAUUGGCCAUGGUCGCCCCAUUCAUCUCGCUCGGAGUUAUUAAUCCAAUGUUGGAGGAGGAUUUCAUGCCCUAGUUGUAAGUUCCUUUCGUAUGUGGGGUUCAUGACACGCAGCGGAUGAAACCUUGCUUCAAGGCCAAACCUUCGAAUCGGGCUCGUCUGGGAAUUUUAGUUUGGAGUGCUCCUUUAUGACAACUGAACACAAUCAAAUGUCUAUUUGGUUUUUAUUUGAUUUCCGUGUCAUAGAAUUUCAGCGAUUUGUUUCGCAAAAUUUCCUUCACGCACACUGAUUUCUUGUCAUACUUUGUGUAGUUAGUGACCUGAAAAUGUUGGUGUGAUCCACACUCUUAGGUGCCUUGCCGAUGGUGAAUCAAGUCCUCAGUGCAACUAGAGGUGCCACAGAUGCUUUCUCUGGUUUUAGCAGACAUGUAAACGAUGCACUAAGGAAGGUGGGAGCUAAGAACAUUGAGGCUGGCGUUGGUUGUGGAAUUGGUUUUGGCCAUGGAUUCGGAGUUGGCAUUGCUGUGAAACCAGGGGUGUUGCAGAGAAUUCAAGUUUGCUUUCUGGAAGCAAUGACGACAGUUAUGAUGAAACUUGGAGGAGUUCCUAAUAUGUCAGCUAUUCAAGGCGGGCUCCCAAUAUCGUUGCCUGGUGGCAUCAGUUUGGCAAGUGGACCAACAAGCAACAGUCCUGCAACUCCUAUCACUCAGCUUGGAGGGAACUUUCCAGACUUAUCGCUUCAAGGUCUUCCCGGAAGUGGAAAGGUCAACCGGCACUCUACUUAUACAACUCAAGCAUCAGAAAUGGGUCUAGCCGAUUCAUCCUUUAGUAGAACUGAAAAAGUUCUCAGCAGCUUUCUGCAGAACCCAAUGCUUAGAGAAAACGACCCUGCCCUGAAGCAAGCGGCUGGCCGUUUGCAGUCAGAAAACAGCAUGCUUCAAAUGGUGCUGAAACACCAGCAGAUCAUUGAAGAGCUAGUGGAAGAGAACAAGAAGCUUCGUCAAAUCCUUUUGGAAGACCUCAAAGUACCAUCCAGUAAAAUUCAGGAUAGUUACAGAGUUCAGUCACCAUGUAUAGAAUGUUUUGAUUGUCGAAGGAAACAAAGGAAAAGAAGAUGAAAAAUAUCUAUAGCUUUAAAAAACCAUGAUCAUACUAAUAUUCUGGCCUGCUGUAGUAGUAAAAUUGCUUUUGUCCCUCUUUGGCUGUUACACGUUACAACCAUACUCUGCACUGCUGCACUAUGAUUUCCAGGUAAUCGAAAAUCGCGAGGGAAGAAAGAACUUCUUUCCUAAUUGUAACUCUAUCUUGUUAGCUGUUGGAUAGACGAAAGGUAAUCAAAUUAUUCAUGUGAGAUUUGCCCUUCAGUUUACUCCUA